CCCUCUCCCCUCUCCCUCCUCGUCUCCUCCACCAUUACCAUCCAUCGAUCGAAGAGAGAGAGAGAGAGAGAGAGAGAGAGAGAGGGAGAGGGAGGGAGAGAGGGACGUGGCGAUGGAGGGGACGACGCUGCUGUGCGCGCCAUUGGUGGGGAAAAGGGUGGAGGAUAUGGUGAGGGACAUGGCGCUGGCAAAGUCGCUCGGCGCCGACAUCGUCGAGCUCCGCCUCGAUUUCCUCGACAUGUUCGACCCCUACCGCGAUCUCGAGAUCCUCCUCAACGGCCGCCCCCUCCCCGCCCUCGUCACCUACCGACCGAAAUGGGAAGGAGGCCAUUUCGAAGGUGAUGAAAAACUGCGAUAUGAAGUACUUUGUCGAGCAAUGGAGUUAGGAGCUGAAUAUGUUGAUAUUGAGCUAAAGGCUGCCGACGGAUUCGUUCACAUGAUUUCUGGAAAGAGACCAGAAAAGUUCAAGCUCAUUAUUUCUUCUCAUAAUUUCCAAAAUACUCCAUCUACUGAGGUACUUGGCGAACUUGUGGCCAGAAUACAAGCUGCUGGAGCUGAUAUCGUGAAAAUUGCAACUACUGCUGUGGACAUUGUUGAUGUGGCACGGAUGUUUCAAGUUAUGGUACAUUGCCAAGAACGGCAGGUACCGAUGAUAUGAGUGAGAGAGGACUCNUUGGUUAUGAGUGAGAGAGGAGUGAUGUCUCGGCUGCUGUGCCCUAAGUUUGGUGGAUAUCUUACCUUCGGCACGCUUACUGCGGGAAAGGAAUCAGCUCCUGGCCAACCAACUAUCACAGAUAUGUUGGACAUUUACAAUAUCAGACAGAUAAGAGCAGAUACGAAAGUUUUUGGUUUAAUUGCAAAGCCAGUGAAGCAGAGUAAAAGCCCUAUUUUGCACAAUAAAACAUUCAGGCAUGUUGGAUUUAAUGGAGUUUAUUUGCCACUUCUGGUCGAUGACCUUGCUAGUUUUCUUGAGACGUACUCUUCUCCAGACUUCGCUGGAUUCAGUAGUACACUUCCUCACAAGGAGACUGCAGUAACAUGUUGCGAUGAGGUUGAUCCUGUUGCUAAGUCUAUAGGAGCUGUAAAUACCAUCAUCAAAAGGCCAUCUGAUGGGAAAUUAGUCGGUUACAAUACUGACUAUGUUGGUGCAAUUUCUGCUAUUGAGGAUGGGCUAAGAGGUUUUAACGUUAAAAAUGUUGUUGGCUCGCCUUUGGCUGGUAGACUAUUUGUUGUUAUAGGUGCUGGCGGUGCUGGUAAGGCACUUGCUUAUGGUGCAAAGGAGAAGGGAGCUAAAGUCAUAAUUGCAAACCGUACUUAUGAACGAGCCAAAGAACUUGCAAACUCAGUUGGUGGACGUGCUCUAUCGCUUGCCGAGUUGGAAACUUACAAUCCAGGAGAAGGGAUGAUCCUUGCAAACACAACGUCGAUGGGAAUGUACCCAAAUGUGAAUGAUACUCCUAUUCCUAAGCAUGCCUUGAAAUUCUACGAUUUGGUAUUCGAUGCUGUCUAUGCCCCAAAAGUGACUAGACUUUUACGGGAAGCAGAAGAGAGUGGAGUUGCGACUGUUAGUGGUGUGGAGAUGUUUGUUAGGCAAGCAAUGGGUCAAUUUGAAUUGUUCACGGGUUUGAAAGCUCCUGAGAGUUUUAUGCGUGAAAUUGCUGCACAAUACACAUAAAAAGCUGCAAUGCGUCCAAUUGCGUUCCUACAACAUUUUCGGGGUGAAAUUGAAAUAACUGCGGCUUGCUGGCUUUUUUUUCUUGCAAUUUUGUACUAUUUCCCAAUAAAUCAUUUUGGAUUUGCCUUUUUAUUAUUUUUUCUUUUCAUGUUUUGAGGAUAAUUUAUAUUGAGUGUUGUUGUAUCUCAUUGGUUCCAAUGAUUGUAUUCUCAGUCCCCACACAUCUAGUCGACUUUUUAGUCUUUUACUUAUUAGGUCCUUAAACCUUGUACGUUA